CGCUUUGAUUAUCUUUGGGGUUUUAGUAAACGGCAGAAAACGUGAGGAUUGAACGAAUACAAUCAUUUAAAAGCAAAGCUUUUUGCCUUCACAAUGGACUUCAUUUCAAGAGACAUUUAACUAUUUAGUUGCAAGAAAGUAGAGGGAACAAAAUGUCGGACAAGAUUGAAACGCGGGUGGUGCAGGUGUCAAAUAUCGCGCCGAAUGCAACCCGUGAACAAAUGAAAACACUCUUCAGUUAUUUAGGUCAUAUCGACGAAAUCAAGAUGUAUCCAUCAGAAGCAAGCGAGAUUCAAGUAACAGCAAAAGUUUGCUAUGUGAAGUAUGACGAUUUGACAAGUGUCGGAGUGGCCUUACAUCUUACCAACACUGUUUUCAUUGACAGAGCAUUGGUGGUCAUUCCAGUCAUGGAUGGUGAGAUUCCUGAUGAACAGUCAGCCCUGCAGAGGGCGCCCCAAGCCGUUGCAGGCAUGUUACCAGGGCAACCAACAUGGCCCAGCAAUGUUAUCAGCCAGCUACAGAGCAUUGGGGGCAGUCAGGUUAUCAUCACCAACGACCCCAGACUUACGGCCCUUGGAUUGUCUCAGUAUCCGCCAUUGCCUAGCAACACAGAUCCAACCAAGAUUGAAGAAAUCAGACGCACAGUUUAUGUGAGCAACCUUGAACUAAAUAUCACGGGCGAGCAGUUGAUGCAGUUCUUCAGCCAGGUGGGAGAGGUGAAGUAUCUGCGUAUGGGUGGGGAUGAAAUGGACGGUCGCUGUGGUUACGUAGAGUUCACAGACCAGCGUUCCAUUGCCACUGCGCUCACAUACAAUGGGGUCAUGUUCCAGGGACGGCCCCUCAGUGUUGCCCACUCUACGUCUGCCAUAGAGAAGCCGAAGACCAAGAUGCAGGAGGCAGCCCUGAGGGAGAUAGAGGAAGCCAUGAAGAAAGUCAAGGAGGCUCAGUCUCUUAUCACUGCUGCAGCCGACUCUGGUGACCUGAACAUAGAUAAAGCCGUAUCCAAGUUGGCCUCAAGAAUAGGACACAGUAGGUCACGUUCAAGGUCACGGUCUCGUCGCCACAAAAGUAGGUCAAGGUCACGUAAACGCAGUCGAUCCCGAUCACGACGCAGGUCCAGGUCAAGACGAUCAAGGUCGCGUAAAAGAUCUAGGUCACGUCGACGUUCCAGAUCAAGGUCAAAAAGGAAGAGAACUAAAUCUAAGUCCCCAGACAAAGUUGCAGCAGUCACACUGGGCAUUCUAGAGCAACUGGCUACAGUCCCAAUAAUGCCAAUUCUCGGACCAACUGGGUUGAAGAAGCCUGGUCCAGGAAUGCCAGGUGGUCCAGGCACAGGGAGGAAGAGGUCUGUUUCCCCAUCUCGGAAGGUGAGGUCAAGGUCAAGAUCUAGGUCACGAAGGAGAAGGUCGAGGUCACGCUCCAGGAGGAGGUCAAGGUCACCCAGGAGGCGUUCUCGUAGUCGCAAAAGAUCAAGGAGCAAGAAACGCAGUAGAUCCCCCCGGUCACGUAGGUCACGUUCUCACAAGAGGAAGUCUCGCAGUGGAUCCAGGAAACGUAACUCAAGCAGUGCCCUCGUGGUGGCCUCAGGCAGUAAAAAGGACAGCGUUGCCAAUGCUGAUACAAGCAGUAAAAAAGAAAGUGUUGCAACUGCUGCAAGCAGUAAGAGAGAAAGUCCUGCUGUUUCAAAAGACAAGAGCUCUACUAAAAAAAGGUCCACCAGUCGGGGCAGAAGCAAGAGCAAGUCUCCACGACGUGCUAGACGCUCCAGUAGAAGCAGGAGUAGGGCUGUUGCCAAUGCUGCUGCAAGCAGUAAAAAAGACAGGCGCAAGGCUUCACGCAACAGUAGAAGUCGACGCAGUCGUAGUGGCUCCAGGAAACGAAAGUCAAGGUCAAAGCAAAGGUCACGCAGCACUUCGCGACACAGGUCCAAGAAGGAUAAGAACAGGGACAAAGAUAAGGAAAGGGAAAAAGAUAAGGAGAGAGAUAAAGACAGAGAUAAAGAGAGAGAUAAAGACAGGGAUAAGGACAGGGAUAGACAUCGAGACCGCAGCAAGGAUCGUGAACGCGAGAAGAAAAAGAAGCACAAGGAAAAAGACAGGGAGAAAGAGGAAAAGAAGGAGAAGGAAAAUAAGGUUAAGCGUGACUAUGACGAAGAAGAGCAGAUUAUGUAUGAAGAAUUGGAGAAGAGCAAACGCAAGGCAGCUGCAGAGUCUGAAGACGACAGUGGAGACAGCAAUGAUGAAGAAAAAGAUGAAAGAAGCGUUGAAAGAAAUGAUGAGCGUUAUGAGGAGACCCAGGAGGAAGAAACGCAGGAUGAGACCCAGGACGGGAGCGACCAAGAGAUGGAGAGACGUCGACAUGUGGAGGACCGUCGUCAUAAUGGCAGGCGUAGAGAUGACGACGAUGAUGAUGAUGAUAGAGACCAUAAAGUAGAUGAUGAAUUUGAUGAUGAUGGUAAUAGUAGCGAUGGAGAGAGGGUCAGAGCGAGAGGGCCAAAGGCUGUUGAUGAUAAUUUACAAGAGAUGGACAUGGAUUUGAGUGACGAUGAUUAGACAGAUGGUUUAAGGCUGAAGUGAUGCAAGAUUCUUGGAGGUUUUGUGUGGAAUUAAUAUGAAAUAUUAAUUUUGAGGAUUGGGUUGAAGUGAUGGGAGACUCUUGGGGUGUUUGUCUCGACUGGCGUGAGAAUUUGAAUUUUUAAGAUUUAUGUAUGUUUUAUGAAAGUGGUCACAUUGCAGCCGGAAAUAAUUAAUUUUCUCAUCAUAAACUUCUUGAAAAGUUUGGUAUGUAAUGAAUUGAAUCUUUUUUGUUUGAUGCAGAAUCUUAAAAUGAUAAAACAGUGAAGUUUUAUAAGGAUAAUAUAAUAAAGAAAAAGUAAUGUGACAGCUGAACUUUGUUGAUCUUAAGAAAUGUUAUGUGUAUUUUUGCUCCACUAUUCUUGGUGAUCAUUUGAUAUUGUUGUUGUUCAUCUGCUUAAGUCGUGUUGAUUUCUUUAGAGAUUUGCUUUCAUUUAUGUAAGAUGUCUAGAUAUGAAAAAGCACAUGAUUAACAAGUAAUUAAGAUUUGAGUUUCCUUUAACUCUGAAAUUGUGACAAUCUAUACCUUUGAAACAUGCUUCACAACAAAUUUUGUAGCUAAUUACUAAUCAAACUUUUGCUUUUUAUGUGAACCUAAUUGAUCGUAAUUAUUGAUCAUGUUUGAAUUUUACACACUUCUGAUUUCAAUUUUUGCAAUAUGUGUUGUAAAUAAAAAAAAUUGGCAAAAGUU